AUGGGAAAAAGAGACAAAAGAGUGGUAAGGUUGAGUAUGUUACUUUGACGGCUGGAAGACAUGAAAGUUUACUUCCUUUUUUUGUAGAUCAUGCUUGUGUCUGUUUACCAGCUGGCAAGUAUCGAUUCUUUCGAUAUUCAUGAAAAGUUGUGGAAAUACCGACACGGUAUCUAAUGAACUACUGGACAACCACGUCCGUUUGAACGGGGAUGUUAUCACUUCGAUUUGUAUCAGGACUGUUGUCUAUCUUUUCAAUUAUUUUGUUUCAAAUUGAACUGAAAUUUGACUAAUGCAUUUUCUCAAAAUUUUACAGGCAGUCAAUUAUAUGUGAUUUUUGAACCUAGAAGAAGCAAACAAAAAAUUAAGCCCAUUCUGUCGAGUAAAUCGAAUAUUUGGUUAACGCUACGGUGUCAUUUGAACUGUUACAAAUGAAAAUGCAGCAGUUACCAGCUGGUUGGUGAUAUCAGACUCGCGUGAAAAACUAACGUGUUUUUUCCCUUCUUCGUGUCAACCAGAUUUUCCACAAAGUAUCAAAUGAAUAUUGUCAUUAAAUUACAACUCAGGCAGCUAAUAACUAUAGGAAUGAAAUGUUAAUUUGACUGCUUAAAUUACAAAUUAUUAUAUAUUUUUUUAAACAGAAACAGAUAGAUAACUGGUCUCAUUAAUAGCAUGUCUUCUUCAGUUACUUAUCAUUUACAAUAUGUUUAACUAGAAAAUUCUUUAGGUGGAUGUUUUCACAAGUUCUUGAACUCUUGACCUCACUUUUCUUAAUCCCAUAAUAAGUUGAACAAAAACUGGCUUACUAUCUUUACUUCUUUGAUAAUUCAAACCAAUUUUUUAUUAGGUGCUGAAUAAAUGAUGUUAUUAUUUACUAGGCAUGCAUGAAUCCCAUUGCUAUGGCACGAGCAAGAGGGCCAGUGUCUUCUGGACCAACAGUGAGAGAUUACCUAAACAGAAAUCGACCAACAUUGUAAGUGACAUCUUGUUGAUGUAAACUCUUUUUGCAAAAGGGAAAAAUCAUGAGGAUAGAGAAAUCCAGAUAAAGGGAACAUUGUGAUACAGGGAAAAUCCUGAUAAUGAAAAAAUCCAGAUAAUGGAAAAAUCCGAUGAUUAAAAAAAAAAAAUGUGCCAGGAUAGUCCAGGUCAGUGUGAUCAAGGUUUGACUGUAUUACAAUAUGCAUGUCAUUGAUGUUUUUGUUUUAUGGGUCUUUGCGUUGAAAAGAUUUCCUUUUGUAUCACAGAACCACUCUAAAUUAAUGCAAACACAUUUACUUUCUAAAUGUGAUAAUUUUGUCUUGAACAACAUUUAUACUCAUGUUUGUGCAACUUUAAUAAAAUGCAGGGAAGAGGUUAAAGAAAUGAUUAACAAAAAGAAGACAGGUUCAGAGACUCUAGCAGCUUAUGAGGAACAUCUAAACCAGGUAUGGCAUUUUGAAACAUAACAAAAUUACUUUUUAUCUGCCCUGAAGCAUUUCAAAUGUAAUAAUAUAUUUGAGUCUAUUAAAAUCCUUGUUUAUUACUGAUUCUCAGAAAUUUAGAAAUGAGCUAAAGAAAAACAGAGAAAAGCUGUUAGGCAGUUCAGAAGGUUCUUCCAAGACUAGAAGAAAAGAGGUUUGUACACAAUGUUUAGCAUUCUAACAAUUGAAGCUUUUAUAAUAUGUCUUAACCAGUCUAAACAAAAAUAAAAUACCGCUAACUUCUACUUCUGUUCCCUGGUUAUAGGCCCAUCUACCUAUAAAAAAAAUUACAUUAGAUCCUAAGUUCCCCUGCCCCCUGCACUUAUCAAUCCCCCAGUUAUAGGCCAAUCUGAUUUGACGUUCCCCCCCCCUCCACUUAUCAGUCCUCCUGCUAUAAGUACAUUUACCUGUAAAAAAAGUAUCACAUCUGAUCUUAAGUUCUGCCCCCCACCUAUCAGCCUCCCAGUUAUGGGCCCAGCUAUCUGUAAAAAAAAAUCACAUCCCACCAUGAGUCCCCCCACUUUUCAGUCCCCAGGUUAUAGGCCCAUCUACGUGUGAAAAAAAAUAAUUAAAUGCAAUUAUAAGUCUCCCCCACUCCCUGCCUGUCAGUCCCCUGGUUGUGAGUCCAUCUACCUGUGUUUAUAUAUGAUAUCUGAUCUUAAGUCCCCCCUCCCACCAAUCAGUCCCCUGGGCUGAUUAUAGGCCCAUUUACCUGUAAGAAAAAAUUACAUCCGACUAUAUGUCCCUACCCCCCUCCCCCACGAUGUAAGUCUUCCUCUAGCUUUUCUAGUUUUUUUUGUGUUGUUAAUAUUAAUUCUGUUUAGAAUGUAAUAAAAUUAAUUCUAUUUGUUAUGACAUUUUAAAGCUUUGAUAUAAACCAGAAAAUGCUGUUUUUAUCAGCACUCUGUGGCUUGUUUAAAAGCCCUUUUUCAAAUCUGGUUGUAAGCCCCCUUGGAUAUGAGCCCCUGCAAUUAAAUGACAACAUAAAACAAACUUUUAUAAGCCAAGGCUCGUAGGCAUCAGUUCAUAGAUUUUAAUAUACAUUUUCAGAAGAAGAAGUCAAGCAAACGCAGAAAGAGGGUGAGCUAUUGUUUCUGAUAGUCUGUAGACAAAAUGAUUUGUCAACACUUAUUUGUGCUCUAAGAGAAUUAGGUAAGAACAAUUACUUUCAGUUGGUUAUUUGGCUCUUUAAACUCUUAGCACCUUUACUUUUUUCCCUUCCUUGUGUGAACCAAAUUGGAGGCUUAACAGUCAAGGAGGUGACCUGAUGAUUUUAGCACAAGGGAGGAGGGGUUGUGGUUGUGGUUGUGCAAAAUGGCACCAGAUGGGGUCUAUAAUUGGCCACAGAAUAAACUAUAAUGGGGUAUGUGUUCUCAGAGGCCAGUGGUACAUAGCCACCAAAAAGUGACCAAAGUACCCCCAGGGUUUGGGACACACAAAAAAGAGGGCUAUGUUUGCAUUUUUUGUAGUUAAAAGGAAACAUGAUGACCUUACAUUUGACAUGACAUUUUAUUAUGAUAAUUAACAAUUGAAAAUAUUUCCUCUCAACUAAAGAAAGCUUCUUUUCUUGCUUUGGUUUAAGCGUCCUUCUUCAUCUUCCUCAUCAAUGUCAACUUCUGAUAACAGUGAAUCAGAGGAGGAAUAUAAGGUCUGUCCUUCAAGUUAUGGUAACCAUUACAUUUUGGGAAAGAGAGGAAGUCUGUGAGAUAAGGACAGCUCACUGGUUUAACUUUCACGCCAACACCUCUCCAAUUUUUUUUAAACAAAAUUUGUAAAAAUGUAUUAACCCUUUAACUCCCAGAUCAAAUGUGUAAUUCUCCUUACUGUCAACCAUACAAUUCUUAUAAUGUUAGUUCAGAUAAUUUAGUAUUGGAUCAACUAAUUAUCCCCAAAUCGAAAUUUUUCUUCAUUCUCAUCACUUAUCUGGUCGACAUUGUGUUGAUAUUGUAACGAGUUAUUUUGUCUUGGUCACUUGUGGGAGUUAAACGGUUAAAGAAAGAUUGAAGAGACAUAAUCACAGAUAAAUAAUUGUGCCACUGGUAAACUCUUUCACUCCCAUGAUCUGAAUUGUCAACUCUUUCCUCUGGCUGAUAAGUUUGUGUAUUCUUAUUAUCUGUUUGCUGGAUAAUGUAUGGAUAUUGUAAGGAGAAGUUUAAACAGCACAAAUUACAGUUGCAACUGUCACACAGUGGUAAGUGAUCAUCCAUAGGGAUUAGCAGGGUGACCAGGAGUUUGAAAAACAACUUCAUAAUACACAGGGUGAUGCCUAAUUAAGGUGCAGCUUAAUGCAGGUUUGGCUGUAAUUUUGAUCACCUCCUGUAGUUUUUCUAGAGAAUUGUAAUCACAAGUGCCUUGAGGUAUUUACAUUUAAAAAAUGUUUCUUUUUCUCUUUCUACCAAAAAAAAUUGUGCAGCAAAGAAAGAAGAGUAAAAAGAGUAGAAAGAAGAGAAAGCAAACUGAGAGUGAUGCUUAUGAACCCAGGACUAAAAAGAGAAAGAGGAAACACAGACAAGAUAGCAAUGAACACUCUUUAUCUCCUCCAUAGCUAUGAGAUUAUCUCUAACAAAAAUAAUUUUUACUAUGAAACGAUAAGUUGCUCCUGUUCUGCUGGAUAGUAGUAGAUGGACUUGUGAAAUGUUGUUUAAUGUAAGAAGUCAAAUGAAAUUUGUGAUAGGCAGUGGAAAUGAUUUGUUAUUUUCAUCAUUUUGAUUUCUCAUUUGGGGGCAAGGCUCAACAGACAGCCACAGACACAGUAUUUAUUGUACAUGCCUGAAUAUAAAUCAUGGUUUGUAGGAAAUCAUGCUUUUAAUCCAUUCACAGACUAAUACCUCUGUUUAGUAAUCAAAGAAACCAAACCAUGUUAGUCCUCUACUUUUUAGCAACAGUUUAUCUGUCAAACAAUGUUAAUGAGAUAUUAAGUCCAAAAAGGAAAACAAAAACUACAUUGCUGUACUUAUAGGCUAAGAUGAUUUAAAUUUUUUGUUAUUAUUUGAUGUAUUUGAACUCUUCCCAGUUAAUGUACAUAGCACAUCAUAUCAUGCUGAAGACCUUCCUACAAAUAUUUCUCAACAGAAACAACUGUAAAAAUUAAGCUUUAAAGGGUGUGAAGUUUCUGAGUAGUUUUUGUUCAAAGGUUUUGUUGUCAUUUUAGAGCAGGU